AGUUAAGUGCAAAAAAACAGGAAGAAUAAAAGACAAAUGUCUGGAAAAAAUUCCAUACAAGUGGCCAUUAAAGUGCGGCCACUUUUUAGAAAAGAAAAGGAUCAACAUUUUUCAUGGAAAGUAGUGGAUAAUUCCAUACAAUUGGUAGAUUCUCAAUCGGAACCGUAUUAUUUUGAUCAUAUUUUCGAUCAGGAUGCCAACAAUCAAAUUAUCUUUGAUAAAAUGGCCAAACAAAUUGUCCACUCGGCCAUACAGGGAUUCAAUGGCACCAUAUUCGCCUAUGGUCAAACCUCUUCGGGAAAAACCUAUACCAUGAUGGGUGAUGAUGACAAUCCCGGAGUUAUGGUUUUGGCUGCCAAGGAAAUUUUCAAAGAAAUCGAAAGAACUCAAGAUAGACAAUUUCUUCUAAGAGUUGGCUACAUUGAAAUUUACAAUGAAAAAAUCUAUGAUUUAUUAAAUAAGAAAAAUCAAGAUUUAAAAAUUCACGAAACGUCUACUGGCAUAGUCAGUGUGAAUUGUGAAGAGUGUAUUAUACGAUCCGAAGACGAUCUACUAAAUCAUCUAAACAAAGGCAGCAAAGAGCGUACUGUGGGUGAAACCAAUAUGAAUGAACGUUCUAGUCGAUCUCAUGCCAUAUUUCGUAUUAUCAUUGAAUCACGUAAAAUGGAUCGCACUGACGAUGAUGCCGUUAUACAAAGUGUUAUAAAUCUAGUGGAUUUAGCUGGUUCCGAGAGGGCCGAUCAAACUGGUGCCCGGGGUACACGUUUGAAGGAGGGUGGCCACAUUAAUAAAAGUCUUUUGUUUCUAAGUAAUGUUAUAAAACGUUUAUCGGAAAAUGAGGACGAUAAGUAUAUAAGUUUUCGUGACUCAAAACUAACACGCAUACUGCAGGCGUCUUUGGGAGGCAAUGCUUUAACUGCCAUUAUUUGCACCAUAAAACCAAAUACUGUAGAAGAAACACAGUCCACACUGAGUUUUGCUUUGCGUGCCAAGGCCAUCAAGAAUAAACCUCAAGUCAAUGAAAUUAUCUCUGAUGCUACCAUGAUGAAACGUUUGGAGCAUGAAAUUAAAGUUCUCAAAACUCGUCUCGAAGAAGAACAGCGUAAAAACGAAAGUCAAAUAAAAGUACGCCAAUUGGAACAGCGUAUUAAGGACGAAGAUUUAAAGAUAAUUUCUUGUAAUUCGUUGCAUUCCAUACGUAAUCGAGAGAAACGUCGUCGUACUUGGUGUCCCUCAUCUACAAAUUUGGAUGCCAGUGCGCUCAGUCAACAGCCCUCGGCAUUGCCGGUACCAUCAAUAGGCUCUCAUUUUGUGUCGGCACUGGCUCAUACCUCACGUUUGCAGGCACCCAAAGCCUCCUACUACAACACACCCUUGAUAACAAUGAGACCAGCCAUAGAACCUCCAUCUGCUCCAAAAUUUACUGCAGGUUUACCCAUACCACCCGAAAAUUUACCCGAAAUCGAUGAAGAAUUUGCGCCCGCAGAGAUGGUAAACUUUGAAAUGUUAUCACCACUACAUACGCCGCGCAAUAAACAGUUACAGCGUAAUUUUAGUAUAACACCUAAACUUACUGCUUGCGCCCGUUCAACUCUGGAAAAAGUUGAACACGACUUAUUGGAACUGCAAAGUUUUACCAACUUGGAAAAUAAAGCCGAUGUUCAGCAUGAGCCCGAUUUGGCUUUAAAACAAAAAGUUGAAACUUUAAGUCAACGCAAUACCGUGCUGGAGAAUGAAAGACUAGAAUAUUUACAAUUAAAAGAUGAAAUUGUAAUUACAACAGAAAAUUUAACUGAAACUCAAAAAACAUGCGAUGAACUCCAAAUACAACUAAGUAAACUGACUAAUUCAAAUAAAAAAGCCAACGAGAAAAUCGCCAAAUAUGAAGCGGAUUUGGCUGAACUGAAGAAAGCCAACGAAAAGUUGGAAAUGGAAAAUCGUGAAGCCGUUAAUUUAGAAUUUGAAUUUCAACGCCAUAAAACUAAAUCAAAACUAAGAGAAACCGAACUGUUGGAAGUCCUAAACGAUAAAGAAAAAGAAAUUACCAAACUAGAGAAAUCCCUUAAUAACCUGAGUGCUGAACGUUUACAAAACUCCAAAGAAGAACUGUUGCAAAAAUCAUUGAACGAAGGUGGCGAAGCCGAUGUAGAUGGUAACGUUUGUAUUAAAUGUGAAGAUCUACAAAGACUGCUGGAGGAGAACAAAAAAGUUACUUUGGAAUUUGAGAAGUUAACUUUGGAAUACGAGAAACUCAAACUAAGUUACGUGGAAAUAGAAAAAGAAAACGAUACAAAUAAAUUGAAAAUUGUACAAUUGGAAGAAUUGCAGGCGAAAGAAAAGGCUGAAUGUGAGAAACUAUUGUUGGACGUGCAACACUUGAGAGAGAAAUUGCACAACGUACAAAAAGAUUAUGAACAGCUGAGCAGUGAAAACUCUUCAAAGCAUGAGGAAUGUAUGGCCUUGAAUAGACAGGUGGAAGUGGCUAGAGAAGAAAUGGUGGUGCUGGAAGAAAAAUUCACAAAACUCGAAUUGUCUUGGCAAGAACAACAACAAACUAUUAAUGAUAUUGAGAAGCAAUAUGCUACCAUACAAACUAAAUAUGAGCAGUUGCAAACUCAAUACGAACAUCUAGAGACCAAUAGGGGACAAUCCAUAACCGAUUGUCAACGUUUGGAAAAGGAUAAUGUAGAAUUGCAAACCGAAAUAGAGGAUUUGAAAAAGAAAGUACAAGAUGCCCAACAAAGACUGCUGGAAAGCAAUGAAAAAUACGAGGAGACGGCUAAAGAGAGCAAGACUGCAAAUGAAGAGUACACGUCUGAAACCACUAAAAUACAACAAGACAAUGAACAGCUUAAACAGCAACUUCUGGAAAUACAAACACAAUUUGAAGAUUUACAAAAGGAAUAUGAUGAUUUAUCCAAUCAAUUAAUGGAUAAUUUACAAGACAGUGAAUCUCUCAAGGAUGAGAACACCAAGUUGCAAGAAAAACUUAAGGAAUAUGAGGAAAAGAAUGAAGAAGUAUGUAGAGCUGAAGCCGAAAUCCAAGAAUUAAAAUCACAAUUGGAAAAGGUGUUAUCUUGCGAAAGAAACAAACUACUUAAAACUCCCUCGCCCAGUCGAAAUUCCUCAAUGCGCAGCUCGGGUGUGUGCGUGGAAGAGGAAGAAGAUUUCGAUGACUAUCCCAAAUCUCAAGAGUUACUAAGGAAAUUCUGUGAACUUUCCGAAUCAUUGACCGAAAUUGAGCUGGAACACACAAAGGGAAAAACAAAAGUCUUUAGAUCUGCCUCUAAAAACUCGACACCCAACAACUACAAAAUGUAUUUGAAAAACAUUAUGGGCGUGCGUAAAUCCCAAAAAGAAUUCGAUAUGGAAAUCGAAAAUAUACACUUACAAGGUUCCUUUAAACAUCAUUCCUUCCACAUUGUAGAAUUGAGUGGCGAAGAUGAAAAGUCCUGUGAAAUGGAAUGUGAUACUAGCGAUACAAAUGGUUGUGAAAAUAUGGCCGAGUACAUAGAAAAACUGAAACAAGAAAUCCUACAACUGAAAACCAUGAACGAGCAGGAGCGCAUAAGCAAUAAAUCAUUAUUGGAAAGUACGGAGCGAGCCUUCAGUGAAAUGCGAGAGCAGAUAACACAAUUAUCGGCCGAACUGAUGGAAAAAUCUAUAUUUGUGGAGAAUUGUGCGUGCAAAACGUAUCAACAGCAGAUAGAAACCCUGGAAAAAGAAAAGGCCGAUAUGACAAUUGUAUGUGAAGAGCUGCAAGAAAAGGUCAAUUGUACUCUAAAUGGUUCCUUCAAUAUGCUGAUGAAUACAUCGGCUCCAGGCAUUGAAGUAAAAGUCAUAGCCGAUGAUAAACUAAAAGAGUUGCAGCAAUUAAAGUUAAGAGAACAAGAGCUAUUGGAAUCGUUUGAUUCACAAACAAAAACUCUGGAAGAAUUAACGCAACGUUACCUAGAUAUGGAGGGCGACCUUGAAACGGCCAAAGAACAGCUGGAAACCCAAGAAAAAGAAUAUAAAGAAAAAUACAAUCAUUUGCAGUUGGAAAUUUUGCAAAAACUAGAAGUAAGUUCCAGUGAAUAUCGGGACAAUAUGAAGAAGUACAACAAAGAAUGGGAGGAUAGAAGAGAAGAAUACGAACAAACCAUUAAAGACUUGCAACAACAAAUAGAACAACUUAAGCAACAGUCAGCCAGCUCUUCCCAAGACUUGAAGACAGAAAUUAAACAGGAAAGUAUUUGUGAUCAGCAGGAAGGCGAACAAGUUGAAGAAACUGAUAGUGAUAAAGCAGAUUUAGAUGUUGUGCAAGAAGAUGUAGAAAUUCCAGAAGAUAUAGAAACCAUAAAACAAGAUAAAUGUAAACUGGAAGAAGAAAAACAAAACCUGCAGCAACAACUCAACACAGUGGAGGAGCAACUGGAGAAUCUUAAAGAAGAAAAUCGCACUCAAUACGAAGAAAUAACUCUUUUAGAUGCAAAAAUUGUAUCGCUGGAAGAACUCUUGAGCGACGCUAAACUUUUGCAUACAACUGUGGCUAAAGAAAAUUCCUCUUUAGAAACUCAAAUAAAAGAUCUUGAGGAAGACCUCAAUUGCAUACCUCAAUUACAUGACAGAAACCAACAGUUAUCCGAUGAAAUGGAGAAACUUAAGCUGGAAUACUCACAAAUACAACAGAAACUCGAGAAGGCCGAAUUGCAAAUACAAGAAUUUGGCAAAGAAAAUGCCAAACAUGAAGAACUAAUACAAACAUUACAAGCUAAACUCCACCAAUUAACAGCUAUGGAGGAAGAGAAAAACAGUCUUGAAAGUGAGUUGGAAAAUCUUAAACAGCAGUGCACACAAGUACAAGAUAAACUCAACAAGGCUGAAGAACAAAUACAGGAGUUCUGUAGCGAAGAUACAAAUAGAGAAGAGCAUAUACAAGCAUUACAAAUAAAACUCUCUAAGAUGGCAGCAGUAGAAGAUGAAAAGAAAACUGUUGAAAAUGACUGCACAAAGUUAAAAGAAACCUUGAAAGACCUGCAAGACAAAGAAGUUGAAACUUCUAAACAAAUUAACGCCCUCCAACAUCAAGUUACUACAUGCAAUGAAAACUUGUCUGAAUUGGUCAACUGCCAAACGCAAUGGCAAUUGGAAAAGUGUGCCUUGGAGGAGAAGUUGCAACAAAUAACGUCUGAAUAUAGUUUACUUAAAGCUGAUCAAGUGUUACUGGAAACCCAGCUAAGUGAACUAACUGAAGAAAGAAAAUCUCUAAACGAACAAUGUUCGGUGCUGCAAGAAGAAAAAAUCACCCUGGAGGAACAGCUGAAAUGUCUCAAAGAAAUAGAAAAGGCUGAAGAACUGUUAGAACAAAUGAUUAAAGAGAAAGCCGAACUGGUGCAAAAUCUUCGUUUGACCACAGAAAAGCUGGAAAGUGCACAAAAUCAGCUAGAAGAAAAUGACAAGGAAAUGUCAAAAGCUAAAUUGGAAAAAACACAGAUACAACAAGAUCUUCAGUCGCUAAAAGAGUCUCUUUCAAAAGAAAUCGAAGAAAAACUCCAACAAUUAGAAGAAAAAGAAAAGGAAACGACAAAAGCAAAAUUGGAAAAAACACAGAUACAACAAGAUCUCCAGUCGCUCAAAGAGUCUCUUUCAAAAGAAAUCGAAGAAAAACAUCAACAAUUAGAAGAGACUGAGCGGGAAAAGGAAAAAACGAAACAAGACAAUGUCAAUCUUUAUCAAGAUCUGCAAGCUCUUAAGGAAAGUUUCACCAAAGCUAACGAAGAGAAACAGGAGCAACAGCAGAAAAUUGAAGAAUACCAACAAGAGAAUUUCCAUCUUAAAGAAGAUUUAGCAAAUCUGAAUGAACAAUUGGCUAAACUGGACCAAGAAAAACAACAAGCUCAGCUAGAACACAAUAAUCUGCAACAAGAUCUUGAGACGUUUAAGGAGUCGCUCUCAAAUGCCAUGGAAGAAAAACAACAAAAGUUCAAUAACCUUGAAAAUAACUAUCAAACAGCCCAGCAACAUAACCAGGAAUUGCAACAGCAACUAAAAGACCUUAAGAACGUUCUAAGUAAUUCCAAUCAAGACCAGCAACAGCAAUUAAAUGAAAAUAUCCAACUGCAACAUGAACUUCAGGCAACAAAAGAAUCCUUAACUAAACUUCAAGAAGAGCAACAAAAGCUACAAGAAAGACUUCUAAACUAUCAACAACUGAAAGAAGAUAAGAACCAAUUAGAAGCCACCCUUAACAUUAUAAAAUCAGCCCAAUCCGGUGCUCUUAAAAACCUACAAGAAGAAAGAGAUCAACUGCAACAAACUCUCCAGCAAUACGAACAACAGAAUAAACAAUAUAAAGAAAGAGAGGAGACUCUAACACAAAAAAUCGAAUCAAUGUCUCAACAGCUACACGAAGUACGCGGCAAAGCAAAGUCUUACGAAAAACUCCUGCAGGAACAUGAAGAAGUGGAAAAUGCGCUCACCACCGCAACAGCCACAACUCAAAAACUUCAACAGGAAAUCACACAACUUACUUCCCAACAAGAACAUUACAACUCCACGAUCGAGAAUCUAUCGGGUGAAAUUGAAAAACUCAAUUUACAACUCGAUAAGCAACUCAACGAAAAAGAAAUGUUGCAAACGAAAUUAUCGCACUUGAAAGAUGCACUUCAAGGCGAACAAUCUUCCCUGCAACGUGACAAGCAUGAGCUUAAGAGUUCUUUUGAGGAGCUUAAGUUGAAGUGUGAUUCCUUGCAAACCACAAAUACUCAAUUAGAAAAUCUCAAUCAACAACUGCAGCAGCAACUUAAGGGGGCAUUGGAAAAAUUAAAAGAUUUCCAGGCCGUAGAAGAAGAUCUCAAUACGCUUAAAGUUCAGCAUAGUGAAUUGCAGCACAAUAUGAAGGCAACUGUAGAGGAGGCUGGCCGUUGUAGUCUGGCUUUGCGCGAAGAUGUUGAGCAUCACAAACAGUUGCUGCAAAAACAAGUGGAAAGCUUUAAUACACUGAAAGUUGAAAUGGAAACCAAACAACAAGCUUUAAGCGACGAAAUUUUCAAACUAUCCAACGACAUUGAACGGCUGCAAAGCGAAAAACACUCGUGGGAAGAGAAAAUGAGAGAAAUAACGGUACGAAAUUUCGAACAAGAUUUGCAACGUCAAGCUAUUGAUGCAACAGCAAAUACAUCGAUGGAUUCGAACACAUCAUCGUACUCGCCCAAAGGACGCAGGAGUCUAGAACGUUUGGGUGGUGGUGGCGCUGACUUCAAAGCCAAUGUUAGUAUAGAGGAAAAAUUAAGUACCAUGCAGCAAAAGAACUCAACAACAGCGGAGAGAAAGAACCGUCGCUUAAGCACGCAUGACGAAAGAAGACGGCAAUCCUAUUGGGGAGUGGCGCAUGAUAAAGAAACCAUGACAGAUCCAGUGGAUAACAGCUGCAAUUGCAUUGAGCUAGAUCGCAAACUUAAAGAAUGUGAACGUAAUCUUUUCAUUAAAAACAGUCAAGUGACAGCCUUAAGUAUGGAAUUGAAAAAUCAUCCCUUGAAAGAUGAAAAUGCCUCCUUAAUGAAACGUUUACAAGAACAACAGGAUAAAUAUAGUAUCGAAAUUAAACGUUAUAAAAAUAAACUGUACGAGCAAACCGCUAAAGCUGAAAAAGCUAUAGCGACGGCCGCUCAUGCUACCGCCAAGUCUCAACAUGUUGCAGCCAAUGCAGCAUUAGCUGCCGAACAACACAACACCACGCCGGUCUUGCCGAAAAUAGUGGCCGAUGUUGAAAUACAAACAGAUGAUGAUCUGAAUGCUUGUAUACAAAAGUUACAAGGCAAAUAUAAUGAUUUGAAAAAUAUCUGUCGCUAUCGUUACAAUGUCAUCAAAGAGUUGGAGGAAAAGGUGGCACAAAAAGAAAACUCUGAUGGUAAUUCUUUGUCUGCUUUAGAAGCUGCCCAAUUCAAAGUGUUAAAUAAUCAAUGCGAGUCAUUGAAGAAGGAACUAAAGACCGUUAAGGAAAAAUAUGAAAAUGCUAAAAAAGUAUUACAUUCACGUCGUGAAGAGAUCAUGAAAUUGCGUGCUCAAUUAGAAGAAACUCAAUAAAUAUGAUGUAGUCAGUUUAUCUCACUUUAUUUGCCAUUUUCCUAGUAUGUACUUAAAUUUUCUUCUAUAUAAUGAAGAAGAAAAACCUUACAUUUCAUUUAAGAAAUGUUGGAAUUUUCAUUUGUUUUUUUUAAUAUUAUGUAUUAUGUUUAUUUAUUUAGUUUAGUUUUAAAAAAAAUAUUUAGUUUUUAGUUUCCUUAAAACUAAGUUCGUGUGCUUUUGUUUUUCUUAUACAUAUAAACAAAAAAGAAAAAAUAAUGCAAAAAUAGUUGUAAAAAAUUCUUAAUUUAUUGUAAUUUUAUGUUGAUCCUUUACUGUAUUGAUAUUUUGCACUUACCCUCUUAAUGAAGCAGUUGAUUGUUUUGUGUUUCGUUUUUGUUUUAUAAUUGUAUUAUAUUUAGAAAUUGCAUUUAUAAUUUACAUUAAUAUAUCACCUUCCAUCCACUCUAGUGUUUUUUGUACACUUCAUGUCAAGAAUUGAAUUAAUUCAUUUGUAUUUUUGCCCUUUAUCCCCCCGUUUGAGUGUAAUUUAUGCUGUUAGAAUAACUGUUAUUUUAAAAAAAUACAAUUUAAAUUUAAUUUAUCUAUAUUUUAUAAUAUUAAAAUAAAAAUGAAAAAUUUAUUUAUAAAAAA